UAUGCAUCGGCAUCCCAUUCGACAUGCCUUGAACCAAAAUCUCGACAAUGUAUUGAAAUUGUAACCGGAAUAUCUUUGUACAUAAUGUCGUCAUCCAGGUUAUUGGUCCUGAUAUCUGCUAUUGGAGCAGCAUUGGUUGCGCUCCAGUGGAAAUACAAUCAAGGUUACCAAUUAUUAGAAGAAACCAAUUCUUCAAAUCGCAACCAUACUGGGGAUCUUGAAUAUGAGUGUUCGGAAAAACCUCAUCAUUCGAGCUGGGGCACUUGGCUUCAUCCCCAGAGGUUGUGGAGUCGUCCCAACGGCCAGGGCGCCGGCACCACAACGAAAGAUUGGAAUAUAUUGUACCAUCUAGGUGGUAACGGUCCCUGGGUUGAGAAGGUUGCUGAUGUCGUUGAGGGAGGUGUCGCCGUCCCUGAUGGCUGCAUAGUGGAGCAAGUACAUAUGAUGUCCAGGCACGCGGAACGGUAUCCGACUAAGAAGGCCGGGACGAGAAUGAGAAAUCUGCUGGAAAGGAUGAAGAAGAGUAGGAUUGAAUUCACAGGUGAUUUGGCUUUUGUGAAUGAUUGGGACCUGUUCUGGUCAGAUGAUACCCGGCUAGCACAGUUGACUUCUACUGGCCCCUUUUCCGGUACCCUUGGAUCAUUUACGACAGGCGUACGCUUUCGCACACGGUACGAGCAUCUUGUCGCUCGAGCUCUCUCUCGCCCAAAUCCUACCACGCUCUGGGCCAGUGACUCCCAUCGUGUCAUAGACACUGCACGUUAUUUCGCAUCCGGCCUCUUCGGCAUCGAUUGGAAGGAUGUCGCCUCCUUGGACGUGAUUCCUGAAACCGCGGAGAUGGGUGGUGACUCCCUCACACCCGGUGACACAUGCCCCGCCUACAUUGAAGACGAAACCGAAGGCUGGGCCAAGGGCUGGAAGACCAUGCACGCCUACCGAGCCACUUACCUCCCUAUUGCACGCACGCGGCUGCUCGCUCAGAACCCGGGUAUCGAGUUCACGGACGACGAGCUCUACGCUAUGCAAGAAAUGUGCGGAUUCGAGACCACGGUGCGUGGAAGUAGCCGUUGGUGUGAUGUCUUCACGCAGCAAGAAUUCCUGCACUUCGAGUACGCUCGUGAUUUGCAUCACUACUACCGAGCGGGGCCAGGCACGAAAUACGGCGCCGGUUUGGGCUUCUUGUGGCUGAAUGCUACCGUAAAUCUGAUGCUUGAAGGUCCGGAGGCUGGCCCAAUGUUCUUUAGUUUUGUGCAUGACGACGACAUGGCACCCAUGCUUGCGGCCCUGGAUAUCAUUGACGAUAUUCACCCCUUGCCCCUCGACCACAUACCAGAAGAUCGGCUAUGGAGAAAAUCUCAGAUAUCCCCGAUGGGAGGCCGCAUCACAUUGGAGGUGAUGUCCUGUGCUGUGGAGACUCAGGGCCAUGUAGGAAAAGAUAACUUUGUCAGGAUUAACAUCAAUGACGGAGUGACUGCCAUUCCUGGGUGUGACAAAGGUCCUGGGAGGAGCUGUCGACUUAGUGGCUUUGCGGCAAAGGUGAGGAGGAAGGGAGUGGAGGUAGGCGAUUUUAGAGAAAUGUGCGGGUUGCCUGAGGAUGCUGCUGGGCGUAUUACAUUUCUGCAUCAAUGAGGUGUUAGGUGUAAACGAUCGAUUUUGAAGACUUUGAAUAGACGAUAGAUUUUGAUCAUAGAGAACGUGUUUGAAGAAUGGGAGUUAACUAAGUAAUCGUUUUCUUUUCAGGUGGCCAACCUACCCAACCUAUAUUAAACAAUCGUGUAGACAUGUGUCGCAAAAGUGGUAUCAAAGAAACAGAGAAACGGUA